AUGGCAGAAAUUAGCAGUACUCGCGAUAAAAUAUGCAAGCUCCUAACGGAAAUGGAUAUACAUUGCACUCAAAUCUAUUCUCAAGAAGGUCGCCUUGAUGUUAGAGAUCUAAGGAAACUUGCAACCUUAAUCGCUCGGUACCCUGACAAUACCGUGGGUAUUUUACUUUUACAAGAUCAUGAUAGUCUCUCAAAAAAAUCGGUCCAGUUGCUAGAUACUUUGAGAGACAAGAACUUGGUUACAAACACGUUAAACCUUCACCGCGAUCUUAGAU